GUGAAAUGAGGAAUGAUUUAUAUAUCACUGUAGAAAGAGGAGAAUUUGAAAAAGGAGGGAAAAGCGUGGCCAGAAAUGUGGAAGUGACAAUGCAUGUUGUGGACAGCAGUGGUCAAAUUUUAAAGGAUUUUAUCUCAUUUGGCUCUGGAGAGCCACCAGCCAGUGAGUACCAUUCCUUUGUGCUUUAUCAUAACAAUGGUCCCAGAUGGGCUGAGCUGCUGAAACUUCCUAUUCCUGUGGAUAAAUUCAGAGGAGCACACAUCCGCUGUGAAUUCAGACACUGUUCCACAAAAGAGAAGGGUGAGAAGAAGUUGUUUGGCUUUUCUUUCGUUCCCCUGAUGCAGGAAAAUGGGAGAACUCUUCCAGAUGGCACCCAUGAACUCAUUGUACACAAGUGUGAAGAAAACACAAACCUUCAGGAUUCUGGUCGCUACCUCAAACUCCCCUUUUCAAAGGGAAUUUUCCUAGGAAACAACAGCCAAGCAGUAAAAACCACUAAAGAGUCCUUCUGGAUUACAUCCUUUCUCUGCUCCACUAAGCUCACACAAAAUGGAGAUAUGCUUGACCUUCUGAAAUGGAGGACCCACCCAGACAAAAUUGCAGGUUGCCUCUCAAAAUUAAAAGAAAUUGAUGGUUCAGAAAUAGUGAAGUUUCUUCAAGAUACUCUAGACACUUUGUUUGGGAUUUUAGAUGAAAACUCUCAAAAAUAUGGAUCAAAAGUAUUUGAUUGUUUGGUUCACAUAAUAAAUUUGCUGCAGGACAGCAAGUUUCACCACUUCAAGCCAGUAAUGGACACUUACAUUGAAAGUCAUUUUGCAGGUGCCCUUGCAUACAGAGAUCUUAUAAAAGUACUGAAGUGGCAUAUUGAUCGAGUCACCGAAGUGGAGCUGCACGAGCACAUUCAGGAAGUACUAAAGGCACAGGAAUAUAUCUUUAAGUACAUAGUACAGUCUCGAAGGUUAUUCUCUAUUGCCACUGGUGGACAAAAUGAGGAAGAAUUUCGCUGCUGUAUCCAAGAGCUUCUUAUGUCAGUACGCUUCUUUCUUUCCCAAGAGAGCAAAGGAGCUAGUGCUUUAUCUCAACUGCAAGCUGUGUUUCUCAGCUCAUUCCCGUCGGUGUACUCUGAACUUUUGAAGCUCUUUGAUGUGAGAGAAGUGGCAAAUUUGGUUCACGAUGCUCUGGGCAGUUUGCCAACAGUCAUGCAUGGGGAUGAGUCCCUUCAAGCUGUUAAACUGCAGAGUAUUGGGAAAACUGUCGAGAGUCACCUGUACACUAACCCAGAUUCUCGGUACAUUCUUCUUCCGGUAGUUUUACAUCAUCUCCACAUGCAUUUACAAGAGCAGAAGGACCUUAUAAUGUGUGCACGUAUCCUUAGCAACAUAUUUUGCCUCAUCAAGAAGAACAGCUCAGAAAAAUCUGUCCUGGAAGAAAUUGAUGUGAUUGUAAACAGCCUGCUAGAUAUUCUGUUAAGAACCAUACUAGAGAUCACCAGCCGACCACAACCAUCAGGCUCUGCUAUGCGCCUCCAGUUUCAAGAUGUGACUGGGGAAUUUGUCUCCUGCUUGUUGUCACUCUUGCGACAAAUGACUGAUAGACAUUAUCAACAGCUUCUUGAUAGCUUCAACACAAAGGAAGAUCUUAGGGAUUUCCUGCUGCAGAUUUUCACUGUAUUUCGGAUACUAAUACGACCAGAGAUGUUUCCAAAGGACUGGACAGUGAUGCGUUUGGUUGCAAACAAUGUGAUCAUUACUACAGUCUUGUACCUUUCGGAUGCCCUUCGUAAAAACUUCUUAAAUGAAAACUUUGAUUACAAGAUAUGGGAUUCCUACUUUUUUCUUGCUGUCAUUUUCAUAAACCAGUUAUGUCUGCAACUGGAGAUGUUCACACCUUCCAAGAAGAAAAAGGUUUUAGAAAAAUAUGGUGACAUGCGGGUAACAAUGGGAUGUGAAAUCUUCAGCAUGUGGCAAAGUUUAGGUAAGUAA